AUGUUCGGGCAGGAACCUCGGCUACCUGUUGACUUCUUUCUGGGUCAGGCCUGUGGCCACGACUGUCGCCCCGGCCAGGAGAAGCCUCGUAGAUCCACUCGCCUCCACCAGGCGGCAGUGGCCAACCCUGCAUACUCCCCAAGGUCAUCACACCUUCCCUUUCCCGGCCAGGGAGAGGAUGCCUGCAUCCUCUUCUUCUACGAGCGCCGUCCCUUCGCGCGCUGCGCACACUCUUGUGUGGUGUGUCCCUUCAGGGUGGGGGGGGGGGGUGUGUGGGGGGGUGGGGGGGGGUUUUUUGUUUUGGGGGGGGGGGGGGGGGGGGGGGGGGGGGGGGGGGGGGGGGUGGGGGGGGGUGUGGGGGGGGGGGGGGGGGGGGGUGGGGGAAACUACUGGGCGUAG